GUACAGCUCAGCACCAGCUCCCUCAGACUUCCCGGGCAGAAGUAAGCCUCUUCCUUACAGCUUUACACGGCUGUUUGCUUUCACUCAAGUACAGCGAGCUCUCAGCUCUAAUAGUUUCCAACAACAUCUUUUCAAAAAGCGGUGCCCCCCCUCCCUGAACAUGGCUAACGCCGCAGGGCAGCCGCUCAGCGUUGUCCUCCCCAAGAGGAGCAUGAAAGGCCAUAAAACCUGCAAAACAAGCGAUGCAGCCAAGUUUACAAAUACACAGAGAUUAAACAACACAAGCAACCCUCGGCACUGCCCGGAGGGGGAUGUAUUUUGUUCCCUUACAUUCCGUAGCAUUGUCCCGUCCGCGGGGCACUGGGGGCAGCUUGUGUCCCGCACAUCCCGGAGGCACUCCGGAGGCACCUCCCGUGGAUUUUGGCCAAGCCCGGAGCACCUGGAUGGCACCACAGGUGCCAAGCUUCUCACCAUCGUCUGCCCCUCUGCCUCCUGUCCUGCGCUUACCGCGGCGUGGGGUGAGACGGGAACGGGGCAGCCGGGAGGGGGAACCUCCUUCAGCCCCGCAUAAGGGGACUGCUGGCAACUCCUGGUAAUCGCUGUUCACCCCAGAGUCCCUCAGGUAACUCGGGGGGGACUUCAGGAUUUACCGUCGGCUGCAGAGCGGUGGCGGCCAGGCGGAGGCAUUGAUGGCGCACGUUUGUAAUCCUAAUUAUGAACAAGACUAAGGAGAUGUGUCGGCUGUGUGGGGACAGCCAGCGCCUCGCACAGACCCGUCACGCAGGAAGUCUUGCCGGGCCAGCACGGUGAGAGCCCCGAUGUGGCAAUCGCGGAUCAGGGCGUCCCGCGGCCCCUCCGCGCCCGCUGAAGCCGCGCUGCCCGGGGCCGGCGAUGCGCGGAGGGGCAGCGGCCCCGCUCCGGAGCAUGGAUGUGAGCAGAGCCCCACCGACCGGUCCGCGAGGUUUUGGCGGGGCCAGCGGGGUUGUGGUUCGCCUCGGGACUGCCUGCGCCCGCCCGGCCGGAGGAGGUGACGGCAGACCCUGCGGGCACGGAGCAGCCUCCCUUCCCUGGAGCCGUCGGGCUGAGGCCGGCAAAGGUACCGGAGCUGCCCGGGCGCCCCGUCCCCUCCGCAGGCAAACGCCCAAACCCGCCUCGGGGCGUCACUUACAUGACUGGGGGGCAGAGCCGGCUGCCAGGGGACACCGUGUGUGUGGGGACACACCGCCACUGCCCGUUUCGCGUCAAGCCUCGGAGAGUUUGUGAGAAUGAACUUUGCAUAUCGCGAGCAAAGCAAAAAAAUAAAACAUUAAAUAGAAAAAUGGAGGGAAAGAGGAAGUAAGAGAGGCAUUAGGAGAUGAACCAUUAAAACCGACAGAGCCACCAAUGAAAGGGGGGGGGGAAGUCAGGAACAGAGGGGCUCGGUUGUGCCAGUUUUGCACAGUCAGGAGCCGACUGCUUCACGGAGCGUCGCUGCCCGGAGGAGUCUGAACACCGUGCGGGCGCUGCCGGGGGUGCCCCAGCCCCGCUGCCGGCGCUAAUACCUCUAACGACAUCAACGCCGCGAUUUGUUUUGAAUGUUCACUUUUAUUGGUGUUCUCCCUUUGCCAAAAUGUGCUUGAUUACAUAGAUGUGGUGCCGUGAUAACUGCGCACCCUAGACAGCCUAGGUGUAACCGGGAAAGUUCAGCCCAGGCCAGAUCAAAUCCCAGGCUGUUUAAUGCUGGAAGGCUGCAUGUUGCUAUUAGUGUUAAAUAUAUGGCUAAUUAUGCGUAUGAAAAUUAAACAUCAGUGUUAUGCUAAUGGGGCCGCCUUCAGCUGUGGAUCAGAGCACUUGAGACUAGCAUUUAAUCAAAUGAAUCAGUAACUAAUACAUCUGCACGUGUGAACUUUCACAAGAUCAUUUUCCUGUUACAGUCACACCGCAGAAUUAUGAAAGAAAUAAUUAUCAACACUUUCUAAUUAUCUAGCAAAGUAAUUUGGGAUUCAUCGUGGGCUUUCUGGGGAGGAUCUCCCAAGUCCCACCUCAUUUACCUCUCACGCGUGCGGAAGUUUUCAUUUUAAGCUCAAACGCGCCGUUGGCCCCUUUUAGGGCGAUUUUGUUUGGUUAGAUUGGGUUUUGUCCCUUUAAAACAAUAACGACAGGAGCCGGACGGCGCGAUCCGGAGGCGCGGGCGGCGCUGGGACCCGCGGGCUGGGGCCGAGAAGCUCCUGAGCGCCCGCGGAGCGUGUCCGGCCGGGCGGGCGGGGGCCGCUCGCUUUGUCCGCGGGUCCCGCCGGAGAGGGGCCAGGAGUGGCGGAACCCCCGCAGCCCGGCGGCGCCGGCGGAGCGCGUCCGCUGCCCCUCCGCGCCGCCUGAGCGGCGAGGGGCGGGGAAGGGCGGAGGGGGUUGCGCUGCCUUCCGCCGAGCUCCGGAUCUGCGCCCUCGGCAGCGGGCGGCCGGGAGCGGGCGGCCGGCGAUGGAGCGGGUCCCUGGCGGCUCGCUGCCCGGGUCCGGGCGGGCGCGGGUCUCGGUGCCGUCGGGCGGCCGCGCUCGGGGACGCGCCGCCAGACCCGCGCUCCGCGCUCACCGCGGUCCGGCCGAGCCCCGAGCGCCGGGGACCAAUCCAAAGCGAUUAUGCAAGACGACGGACCAAUCAGCUCCGCCGUUCAUGAAUAUUCAUAGACUUGGCUGAGUCAAAGCUUUUAGGCGAGUUUGUGUAGAUCUACAGCAUCAUGCUUAGACUUUUCAAAGAGACAAACUCCAUUUUCUUAUGAAUGGAAAGUGAAAAACCCUGUUCCGCUUAAAUUGGGUUCUUUCCUGUCCUGAGAAACACAACAGACCCCAAAAAGGCAAGCUGAAGAGAGAACACACACACAGACCAAGCGACAAGAAAUGACCAUGACCACCAUGCCAGAGAGUCUAAAUAGCCCCGUCUCAGGGAAGGCUGUCUUUAUGGAGUUUGGGCCGCCCAGCCAGCAAAUGUCUCCUUCUCCCAUGUCCCACGGACACUAUUCCAUGCACUGUUUACACUCCGCGGGCCACUCUCAGCCUGACAGCUCGUACAGCACAGCUUCGUCCUUCUCCCGACCGCUGGGCUACCCCUAUGUGAACUCGGUCAGCAGCCACUCGACCAACCCCUACAUCAGUUCAGUGCAGUCCUACCCCAACAGCUCCAGCCUGACUCAGACCCGGUUAGAGGAGACAGGGGCCGAAUCGGAGAAAAGCACUGUGGUAGAAGGAGGGGAAGUUCGCUUUAAUGGGAAAGGGAAAAAAAUCCGCAAACCCAGGACUAUUUACUCCAGUUUGCAGCUACAGGCUUUGAACAGGAGGUUCCAGCAGACUCAGUACCUGGCUCUCCCUGAAAGAGCAGAGCUCGCAGCAUCUCUGGGACUCACCCAGACCCAGGUGAAGAUUUGGUUUCAGAACAAGCGUUCCAAAUUCAAGAAGCUGAUGAAGCAAGGAGGGGCCACCCUGGAGAGCAGCGCCUUGACCAACGGCAGGGCUCUCUCGGGCAGCUCGCCACCCGUGCCCCCAGUGUGGAAUACCACCUCCGCCUCCGGUAAGGCCUCGUCGGGGACCCCGGGCACCUAUAUCCCCAGCUACACGUCGUGGUAUCCUUCGGCCCACCAAGAAGCUAUGCAGCAGCCGCAACUGAUGUGAUUAUAAAUACGUUUUCCCCUAAUGCAAGCACCAUCCGUCCCAAAAAGAAAUAAAAUUAUCACGGAAAAAAAAUAAUUAAGUAAAAUAAAAGGAAAGGGGAAAAAAUCUAAAAGAGGGGGGAAGAGAGAGAGAGAGGAAAAAAAUACAAAAGAAACCCAAGCAAACAAACAAACAGGAGGUCUCUUGCCCAUCCAGCCAUUAGGACGCUGCACGGUAGCUCGGUGCAGGAGAGCACAGAUGUGAUGCGGGCCGGUUCCCACCGCUGACAGCUGACGGAGCGGCCCCGAGCACCGCACAACAGCCUGGGAGCAGAGCGAGCGCCGGCCGCGGCUUUGUGGGACAAUCAGAAAAAGAUGUUUUGGGGGGGGGGAAAGCCCUCUCCUCUGUCCUGUCUGUCUGUCUGUGUCUGUUGAAAUGUAGGUCAUUUAUUUACUACCCCGAUCUGACGGUCUCUUCAAUUGCAAGGGGGAAGGAAGCUGUACAAUUUACCAGAGCUUCUUUCCCUCGACAUUUUCUGUACCUUUCACUAUCCAUCUGUAUAUUUUUUGUUGUUGUUAAAAGGGGAAGACAGGGGUUUUAUUUAUUGAUUUAAUUACCACUAUGAGAGUGCUAGAAACAAACUCAGCUUGCUGAGUGCACUGCUCGGACGCACAAUUUAAACGAAACCACAGACGGUCCGUCGUCCCGUUCCCCCCGCCCCUCCUCGAAUAAAUCACCACGAGGGAAGGAUGCGAUUCUAACUUUGACAAUAACUUUUAUACUUCGCUGGUGUGGAGAGGUUUGGCCCGAAUGAUUUGCAUUUCUCGCGUAUUUAACAAAGGAAAUAAAUGCACAUUGUUUGGUACUCUGAAGUGGAAUCGCAGCAGCUGCCGAGCGCUUUGCUGAGGUGAAGCAAGGCGCGGAGGACGGAACGAGAGCCCCGAGGGCGGCGGCGACGGGGGGGACCCACCGGGAGGGUGGGCAAGCGCAUCCGCACAGUCCCGGCGCGGCCUCCCCGCGCAAAGCCGACCCAAAGUCGAAAUGCGCAAACCGACGUGCAGGAGCUACUCGCUGUACAUAUUUUAUUCUUAAUUAUUAUUAUUAUUAUUAUUAUUAUUGUUCUGUAAACAUGUUGCACAAAUUUAGCCUUUUUUAAUUAUUAUUUCUGUUCUGUUUCGUGUGGCUGUAAAACAUGAUGCUUUGUGUACUGAGAUCUUGACAUUUUACUUGUGAAAGUCGGAAGAUGUGAUAAACUGAGCUCGGCUGUGUUUAGUGUUCUAUAUGUCAAAGUUUAGUUUUAUAUUGAGAAUGUUAACUUAUUGCUUUGUAUCUGGGGGAGGAAAUGGAAAAAACCACACAAAUCUUUGUAUAUAAGUUAUAAAGUUUCUUUGAGACAGUAAAAUUAUGGUUUGGAAAAAGA